AGAAAGAAAUCCCUCUUUUCAGUAAAUGCAAUUCUACCAUGUCUUCUCCUCCACUACUCAGCUCCUCCCAAUAGCCCAGAUUCCCCACACAUCUGGUUGCUUUGGUUUUUCUCCAAAACUGAAUACUGCAAACGCCUAAGGAGGAAAGUGCGGAGGGGGGGCAAGAAAGAAGAUAUGGGAAGAAAAGCGAGUGGAAAAUAUUAUAAAAGCAAGGACAAGAGAGUGAAAGAGGAAGCAAGCAGGUCACAAUAUGGCGCUGUUACCAUUCUGCAAGACUCGUGCAGGAUCAGUCAGAGUGACCAGAAUACAGCUGUUUCUGUACUGUUUUCUCCUGUGUCUUAUCAUAUACUUCCUCAAUGGACGUAAAGCAGCUGUCAGUGUGGAGUCACCUCAUCCUAUCUUCCAUGCCUUUGGAAUGGACAGGGGAGAAGUUGUAACAGACAUGACAGUCAUCAAGGCAAAGGCGCCACAAACUCCUCUGGAGACACCUUGGGGUGCUCCUUUAGUGUGGGGUGACACCCGGAAGUCAGCUUUGCGCAGGGCUAAACUCGCACAAGAGGGAAUCCGUAUAGGUCUGCUGGCUCUCGUUGUGGGAACUUAUGCCCAGUUUGUGCAGCGUUUCCUCUCUUCAGCUGAAACCCACUUUCUCCCUGGUCAGAUGGUCACCUACUACAUUCUCACGGACAACCCCCGCACUCUGGAUCCCCCCAUCGAGUUGGGCCCUGAACGACAGCUGAAGGUGGUUCCUGUUGCAGAGCUGCCCGGGUGGGAGAGGUUGGCUCGUCGCCGGAUGGUCCUGCUUGCUGAUGCCAUCAGAAACCCAAUCAGCAGCGAGGUAGAGUACAUCUUCUGCGCCGACAUCGAUCAGGAGUUUGUGGCCCCUGUGGAAGAGGAAAUCCUAGGAGACCUGGUGGCCACGUUGCACCCAGAGCUCUAUGGGAGGCCACGAAAUGCAUUUCCUUACGAAAUCGAAGAGGUCUCAUCAGCUUCCGUGGAGGAGGAUGAAGGGGACUACUACUACACCUCUGAGUUGUAUGGAGGGUUGGUUUCUGAGAUGUACAAACUGGCUCGAACCUGUUCUUUGCUCAUUCUGCAGGACCAGGCUAACGGGGUUAUGGCCAGGGGCCUUGAGGAAAGUUACUUGAACCGCUACUUGAUCGAUAACAGGCCCACCUGUGUGCUUUCCCCAGAGUACAGCUGGUGGGACUCAGCCCUGGCUCCUGAUGUGCAUGUACAGAGGCUGAUAUCAUUGGGGAGGAAAUGUGAGGCUUAUGAUCAGCAGAAAGAGAAUCAAUGUUAGAUGUAGGGUUCUGCUGGCCGAGCCCAAAUUAUGAAUGUAGGUCUCACUCCAACAUGAAGAAUUAUUGUUUGAGCUAACAGUGUUAUGACAGGACGGGGGAUGAAGGGAGAAGAUGAAAAGAGGACACAUGUUCCAAUCAUCUUUAUUCAAUUUAUACUUCAUAAUUUCCAUUUUCUUUUCUGUUUUAUUAGCCAAUAAAUCUAGCCUGCAAUCACACAUAAGCAAACUGCACAAUCUGCUCUCAAUUAAAGACACAUUUGUGUGAACACUUUGUCUGCGUGCUAUCUCUUCCACAGCAGACGAAAAAAAGAAAUUGACCUGUCUCUUUAAACGGAGCACUGUGCUCUCCAUUAAUGUCAGCCUCGGAGAUACUGCUCCAGUGGCUUUGUGGUCAACAGCGAUAAGAGUCAACAGUGUAAGUGCACACUUUCCCCGCAGUGGCCAAUCAUUAACUGGAAGAGCUGCUGUUUCAAGGUCCUUAAAUACCAGGUGGGGGGAAAAUGGAUAUAACGGGAUGCUGUUUCUCCAGGGUACAGAAGCUACCAUGUUUAAGCUUCAGCUAACACUAAAAUAGUCUGGUGAAACUGGUUCAGGAAGUAAUAAAGGAAGUUUCAUAAAAAAAAAAUGAAUUUCCCCGUUAAGUGUUGGAGUAAAAGUAAAACUCAAAUGACCUGAAGUUGGUGGUUGUCUGCUUAUCUCUUUCUCCCUCCCACACA